GUACAAAUAAACCUUUAGAUAGACAAAUAAACCUUUAUAAGUUUUAUAAUUAUUACAAGUAGUAGCUCCGUUUUUACAGCAUUCCGAGUGGGUCCUUCCAUUGUGCAGUUACAUAUUCCACUGGCACGAAAUGAAAAAAGCUUUCCAUGGGCGGAGUUAUGGCCACCGUUUUGGACCCCGAAUGUCAUUGUGUGCCCCCAAGUGCCACUAAUUACGGGUUUUAGACUAAGCUGGCUGCAGUUUGUAAACAACAAUCAAGAGACAGGAACCCGGAAAGUGGGCUUACUGACGGUCAGAGCUGAGGAGCAUGUCGAGGACUUCGGAUGAUAUCCGGAAGCACCUGAAAGUGCGACGCCAGAAGCAGAGGGCCAUUUUGGCCAUGAGAUGGCGCUGUGCCCAGGGAGGAUUGGAGUUCGAGCAGCUGGACACCUUCUACGGAGCCAUCAGGCCAUAUCUCUUUAUGGCGCAAUUCUUUGGUAUCAUGCCUUUGUCCAAUAUCCGGAGUCGUGAUCCCCAGGAUGUGAAGUUCAAGGUGAGGAGCAUUGGCCUGGCAGUCACCGGUCUCUUCCUUCUGCUCGGUGGCAUCAAGACCUUGGUCGGUGCCAAUAUUCUGUUCACAGCGGGUCUAAAUGCCAAGAAUAUGGUGGGUUUGGUUUUCCUUAUCGUGGGCAUGGUCAACUGGCUAAACUUCGUGGGCUUCGCUCGCUCCUGGUCGCACAUAAUGCUGCCCUGGAGUUCGGUGGACAUUCUGAUGCUCUUUCCGCCCUACAAACGUGGCAAGCGAAGCCUUCGCUCAAAGGUCAACGUCCUUGCUCUUAGUGUGGCCAUCCUGGCCGUAGGCGACCACAUGCUGUACUACGCCUCUGGAUAUUGCAGCUAUAGCAUGCACAUCCUGCAGUGCCACACAAACCACUCGCGGAUUACCUUUGAACUUUAUUUGGAGAAGGAGUUCUCCGACAUCAUGUCCAUCAUGCCCUUCAACAUAUUUUCCAUGUGCUACGGAUUUUGGCUGAAUGGAGCCUUCACCUUUCUGUGGAACUUCAUGGACAUCUUUAUUGCGAUGACCAGUAUUGGACUGGCGCAGAGGUUUCAGCAGUUUGCCGCUCGAGUUGGUGCUCUGGAGGGUCGUCAUGUUCCCGAAGCCCUGUGGUACGACAUCCGGAGGGAUCACAUUCGCCUUUGCGAGCUGGCCAGUUUGGUGGAGGCCAGCAUGUCGAAUAUAGUGUUCGUAUCCUGUGCUAACAAUGUGUAUGUGAUCUGCAACCAGGCUUUGGCUAUUUUCACCAAACUGCGGCAUCCCAUAAAUUAUGUUUACUUCUGGUACUCGCUGAUCUUCCUGCUGGCCAGGACGAGUCUGGUUUUCAUGACGGCCUCCAAGAUCCACGAUGCCUCGCUUCUGCCACUGAGGUCCUUGUACUUGGUGCCCAGUGAUGGCUGGAACCAGGAGGUGCAGAGAUUCGCUGACCAGCUGACCAGCGAGUUUGUCGGAUUGUCUGGCUAUCGUCUCUUCUGCUUGACCAGAAAGAGUCUCUUCGGAAUGCUAGCCACCCUGGUGACCUACGAACUUAUGCUGCUGCAAAUGGAUGCGAAGACCCACAAGGGACUGCGCUGCGUGUAACCAAAUGAGGAAACUCUUAGUCCAGUUCAACUUAACUGAA